AUGCAUCGUGCGACGAUGAUGACGGCCCAGAGUGCAGGGUGUAUUCAGGAGAUAGGAGAAGCAACAGAUUCUGUUUUAAAUGAAAUGAAUUUGCGUUCGUUUCUGCUGCGGUUGCCGCUGCCGGCCAAAGAUGCAGCAGCAACUGUCGAGGGUAUAUGCGAGAAACUCAUGAAAAACAGAUCAGCAUCACACACCAAGUGGAACCCAGUCGAUGCAAAUACAGAGCAACCAGACCUGCAGCGUACACAGCAGCAAGUCAACAGUAUACGCACCAUGCUAGACAGCAACGCCGCCGUUGGUUUCGUUCUCGUUAUAGUUGAAAACCCCCAGCAAGAACAAAAUAAACCAAACCAACAAAUUCAAUACUGCCCAGUUGCUGGAGCUGUUCUAGAAGUACUCGACUCCUAUGAACGCUCUGUGCGAGCCAUCUGGUGUCGUCGUUCGUUGCCUAGCGAGGUUUCUGAGGUGAUAACGCGGCUGUUGGUGUUGCGUUUGUUUGCUUAUGGGUUUGCUUCUAGCCAGCAGAUGGUGCCGCAUAUGUUGAGUAAGGAGGCGCUGGCGCCGACGAAAUCUCCAGUAUCGAACCGGCUCAUCAGCUGCACAGAAGAAAGCGUUUAUCUCUUUCCUCGUGAUGCAGUUCUCUUCAUGAAAACGCAGCUCUGCAUGUCUAAGCACUGGGAAACACCGCUCGAUGGCGGCAGCCACAUAGACCACCCAAAGGCACCAUGCCGCUGCAGCAGCGUGCGCCACGUCGCCGGCGCGUGGCAGUUCUCGGGAAUAUCCCUCUCCCGUUUUGUGAAUUACUGGAGGAACCACGGGAGAGCCGCGCUGCUCGAUGUGCCGGCAUCGGCGCUCUCAUACUUUGCGCAGCACGACCGGCCCGUGCCGACGAACGGGCUGGAGAACGGCGCGAAGAGACCACGUAGACACUUGUACGACUACAUCAAGACUGCAGAAGAACGCAAGAGCCAAACACCCACCACAGCUGGUGAUACCGCCGCCAAGGAUAUGGUGCAGUCUGAACGCACUUCAGACAGUUCACACAUAGUUGCGGCCACCAGACGAGGCCUGCGUCGUGCGCGAUCCAUUCCAUCCACCAGUCACCACCUGCCAGCACAGCGACGCCGAACUGGAACUGCGGGAAUUGGCGUUGCCGCCAGAAAGAGCUGCCGAGGAACCGGCCGAAUCUCAGACGGGCCGAGGGCGGUGUACACGCCCAAAAGUUCUCGGCGUGGAGGAAAUAUACUGCACUCGAGACAGAUCGCCACGAUGAAGCAACAAAGUGGCUUGAUUGCAUGUACAGUAAGUAUAGCAGCAGCAACACUCAAGAGGCGCUCAAGACGGGAGUUCUGA